ACCUAGCUGACCGAUCUCUGCAUCGCCCAUUCAAGGCCGAGCUAGCUAGCUAGCAAUGGCGCGGUUCAACGGAGCCACUGUUCUCCUCAUCCUCAUCGCCACCGUGUCCGUCUACACCUGCGCCAUCAUCGCCGGCGCCGCGCUCGGCCGAACACUGGACAGAUCCACGACGACUAAGCAGACGCCACCGGACAGGACCCUUCGCGUCAGCGUCAGCUUCAGAGGCCUCGCCGAGGACUUCGCAAAGGAGCUCUUGGGUGGUAAUCACAGGGAUGGACGAUCACGCAGGGCUCUCGCCGGUGCAGGUGACGGAACAGCAGUACUGCCAUCAUCCCAGUCCAGCGUCUCAUCACGAGCCAACGGGGCGGCCGCCGCGGAGCGCGAGUCGGCGCUGCAGCCCAUGGUGGUUACUAACUACUCCUACUCGCAAGUAAACAGCAGGGCCAGAGAUGGCGUCCACACAAGAGCAGGAGCGAGACCGUGGUCAAGGCACAGCAACUUCUCCGACGAGAUCACGGACGAGAAGAGGCCCGGAGGAAGAGGAGUGAUCAAGGUCGGGCCAUGGGGAGGAUCCGGCGGGAAAGCUUUCUACAUGCGCCGCGGCCGCGGCGUGAGCGCCCCUCGCGUGCGCAGUAUCACCCUGCAGUACACCGACGCCAUCCAUUCCUUCUACCAAAGCUCCGACUCCGACGAGGCCGUGGUGGAGCAGACGCUGGACCGAGCAGAAGGCGGUGACCAAGAUAGAGUUCGUUUAACGCCCUACGAACAUAUCAACUUUGCAUCGGAUGAGCAGCUCAUCGCACUCGAGGGGACUUAUGGGCAUCGCAGCUAUGUUCGGGCAGUGGUUGUUACCUCGCUCACGUUCCGUACAGACAAGGGGAGAACAUAUGGGCCGUAUGGCAAAGAGACCGGCACCCCUUUCUCCAUCCAGGACGCGAAUGGAUGCAUCGUAGGCUUCUGGGGACGUUCCGGCUGGCUCCUUGAUGCCAUUGGUGUUUACAUCAGGCCGUGCCAAGCUUACAAGGCAGCUUGAGAAGCAACGCCGGUUGUUAUGGUUCCUUAACGAUAUCUGCUAGGAGGAAGCGGAAGAAUGUACUAAUAUACACGUACGCUAUUUUACUGUUGUGCUAUGUAAUUUCAGAAAAUAAGCUGCGAGACAUGUGGACGUUU